AUGGGGGUUGGCAAAGAGGCAAGAGGCACUUUCUUACAAGCAUUUGCAGGAGAGGCUUUCGUUGCUCCCCGAGACAUGUAUGCAAAGAACCUUACAUGGAUUCCCCUCUCCGAACGUCAGAAACAGAAAUUUGCAGAAGAUCCUCCGGCCCCCGUUCACCCUGACAUCUUAAUCACGAAGUUGAGGCCAGGCCAGGAAAUCGAACUGGUCGGCUUUCUGGAGAAAGGAUUGGGAAAAACGCAUGCCAAGUGGUCGCCAGUGGCCACUGCGGUGUAUCGGCUGGAACCUGAGUUCGUAUUCACGAAGCCAAUCGAAGGAGAAGAAGCAGAAGAGCUCAAGGAAUUAUGUCCCAUGGAUGUCUUCGACAUUGAAGACGCUAUUUCCAUCGAGUCAACUUGUGCUAUACCCGCUCCAAAGUUGUUUAAGAUGGCUCUUGAAGUUUUGAAGGAAAAAGCCAUCACUUUCCGCGAGAUUAUCAGGACGAAACAGCUGGAGUGA